ACUAGAGGCAUUUUCUGCUGCUCGCUCGCUCGUUGUGUUGUUUUGGUUAGCUGGAUGUUAGCCCAUGCUUUCUGCUGUAGCCGGUUGUAACGGUGAUGGCUCUCCCAUAAAGCGGGGGGAGCGGGGCUGUGCUUUCUGACUCAACGCCGAGUGAAGUGCCGUGGUCAUGGCUGGGGUUUUCGACAUCGAUCUGGAUCAACCGGAUGAGAAUGUGUCUGACGACGAACUUGAGGACGGGGACCAGCUCAAUGAAUACAUGGAGCAGUGCAGUGGUUUUGAAUUUAACAUGGAUGACUGUGAGAAGUUUGAAAUUUCAGAGAACAGCGUGAACAAGGGAACAGAGCAGAUCAGGCCUGAAUGCUUUGAGCUGCUGAAAGUUUUGGGAAAAGGUGGCUAUGGAAAGGUGUUUCAAGUACGGAAGGUCUCAGGUGCCACCUCUGGGAAGAUCUUUGCUAUGAAAGUUUUGAAGAAGGCCAUGAUUGUGCGCAAUGCAAAAGACACAGCGCACACCAAAGCUGAGAGGAACAUUCUGGAGGAGGUGAAGCAUCCUUUCAUUGUGGACCUCAUCUAUGCCUUCCAGACAGGGGGAAAGUUGUACCUUAUCCUGGAGUAUCUGAGCGGUGGGGAGCUGUUUAUGCAACUGGAAAGAGAGGGCAUCUUCAUGGAAGACACAGCAUGCUUCUACCUGGCUGAGAUCUCAAUGGCGCUUGGUCACCUGCACCAGAAAGGCAUCAUCUAUAGAGACCUGAAGCCUGAGAACAUCAUGCUCAACAACAACGGACAUGUGAAGUUGACAGACUUUGGCCUAUGCAAAGAGUCCAUCCAUGACGGAACAGUCACCCACACCUUCUGUGGCACUAUUGAAUACAUGGCUCCAGAGAUCCUAAUGAGGAGUGGACAUAACCGAGCAGUGGACUGGUGGAGUUUGGGAGCUCUCAUGUAUGACAUGCUGACGGGAGCACCUCCAUUCACUGGUGAAAACAGAAAGAAGACAAUUGACAAAAUCCUGAAAUGCAAACUCAGCCUUCCACCUUACCUCACACAAGAAGCCAGGGACCUCCUGAAAAAGCUGCUGAAACGAAAUGCCUCAUUGCGACUCGGGGCUGGACCAGGAGAUGCCGCUGAGGUCCAGGCCCACCCAUUCUUUCGGCAUAUAAAUUGGGAUGACCUCCUCGCUCGCAAAGUAGAGCCCCCAUUUAAACCUUUCCUGCAAUCGGCUGAUGACGUCAGCCAGUUCGACUCCAAAUUCACCAGCCAGACUCCAGUGGACAGCCCUGAUGACUCCACGCUUAGCGAAAGUGCCAAUCAAGUCUUCCUGGGUUUCACAUAUGUAGCCCCAUCUGUGCUUGAAAACGUCAAAGAGAAGUUCUCUUUCGAACCAAAGGUCCGCUCACCGCGGAAGUUCCCUGGAAGCCCAAGAACACCUGUGAGUCCGGUAAAGUUUGUAGCAGGGGACUGUUGGCCCCGGGGACCCACGCUGACCCAUCCAUCCCUGCUGUCUCCCAGCAGCUCUGUGGAUCAGCCCAUGGAGGUGUCUACAGCAGAGCAGAUGGACACGGGCAGCAGCAGCACCUCCGAAGCCUCCGCGCCACUUCCCAUCAGGCAUCCUUCAGGCAUCAAUGCAGGGCCCUACAAAAAGCAGGCCUACCCCAUGAACUCCAAGCGGCCAGAACAUCUACGAAUGAACCUAUGACGCUUGGCUCGCCUCCAAACAUUAGGACUCUUUCAAUUCCUCCUCCUCUUCCCUUUUUAUUGUUUUCUUUCAAAGAGACUUGUAGAAUCUUUUUUUAAUUGACUGACACUGUCAAUGCUGAUCACCAGCUCUUCCAGCAGCGCCUUCCCUCCUCUACCCCCUCCUCAGCCUGAUGCAGAUAAUCAGCAGUUACAGUACAUUAGAUAUGUGGUCAGUCGGGGGACUGACCACAUGACCACUGAACUGAUGAGAGGUGGUUUCGGUGCACUCAACUGGCAUUAUCAUAUGAUUUACUGGUGCUCUUUUAUCGUCAAGUCUGGACAAUGUUACUUUUAGUGUUUACAACUAGUGAGAGAGUCUGGUUGCAAGGGGCAGUAAUUUCUCCCUCAGUAUGCCAGGCUUCUUUUGAUUGUUUGUUUAUUGAUCAUCUUGUGAUGUGUGAAGAACUUGCAGGUUACACUGUCAGUAGGUACAAUUAUUGGAUAACAAGCUCCACAAUGAACAGACAGUAUCCAUUUUUUAUGUUUUAGGAAAACAAUCACAUUGCCUUUGUCACUGGAGCGUGUGGUCAGGAGUAGGUGGAGCACGACUUAUGGAAAAUCAGCUAUAAAAAGAUAGAAGUGAAAUUUUAGCUGAAGGCAUCACUUCCACCACAAUCAAUACCAAAUGCUGGCACUGCUUCACUUGUCCAACUGGAAUGCUUUGUCUAGGUCUGUCCAGAAGCACUGUUCAGUUUCUUUUUGAAUGUAAACGGACUCUAAAUGCCUUUUUGUGUGUCACUUCAAUCUCCUGUGCUUAGCUCUAAUGACCCCUACAGCAUUACCUUUAAUUCAUCUACUCAUGCAGCCCAAUUUCUUGUGUUGUUGGUGGAGAACAACAAACAUUUUGUCCCUAAAUAUCCUCAGCCAGAUCGAUAUCUUAUGUGCUUGGAUGGUUUACGUAUGCUUUUUGUGCAUUUACAGUAACAGGGCUAUCAGUGGUAGGGGGGGAUAAAGUCAGACUUGAUGUGAGUGGACCAUCUACUAACUCCUGUUUGAGCUGACAUGUAUGAUUGGUUUUAUUUGUGAAGCUGCUAUAUGAGCCUCUGGAGUCAAGCCAUUCAAAACUUCUCACCAUAAAACUGACCAUGAAAUUGGAUGCAGAUUCCCAUGAUGCUAACUGAAACUUGAAUGAAUGAAAAUUUGAUGUGUCUUGUUAUCCAAAUACUGAGUGUUUAAUGAAUUGACCAAAAGGACUGUUUCAAUGAACCAAAUAAUUAUUGCUGGUAAACAAACAAACCAUGGACAACGACCAUGGAGUGUCGCAGAUUUUUGUAACGUUUCAAGGUUCAAAGGUCGUAUUUUAGAUCAUACUGGCUUUGUUCUCCACACUGAUGCUCACAGAGCCAUUUUAAUUUGUUUAUUAUUUUUCUGUAAGUUAUUUAGCAAUUGUUUAACAGCUUAGAUAGAUUUUUCUUCUCCUACCAUUCCGGUACAACAAUUGUGUUUAAGACCAGUCACUCCACUUUUUACGCCACUUACUUUCUUUGUUCAUUUGUUACAGUAUUUAUUUCAAGUGCCAUUGUGUUUCCACUGCAUUGUUCGCACUAUGCAAACUAUGUAUUUAUUAUAUAGUAUUAUUUAGAUAAGGCAGCAGAAUGUGUAAUCAUUUGAUUUGGAAUUCUUGUCAGAGACUUAUUUUGUCAUAAUAAGCAUGUACAGUAAGAUUUUAUUUCCCCAGAAUAUGUCUUACAGCAACCUCAGAUGCAGCUUUUUUUUUAUUCCAAAAUUGAGGACAGUAAUCUAACCUUACAGCAUUUAUUGUGUGGCAUAGAAUCAUAUUUGAGGGGGAUUUUCACAAAACAUUUUGAUAUCUUAGACUUUCCUUGCUGAAAACUUGAACUUCAGUUUCUUUUUGCAGUGCUUAAAGCAAGGGCAGUUAUUGUGGAAAGAAACUGAUGCAACAACCAAUGGGAAUGGCAUUGUGCCUUUGCUGACAGAGUACAGAGUGUAUGCAUAGUAUGCUGAACAUUGUAAUUGUGUGUAGAUAAGGCUGGGAUUGAUACAUAAGGUUCACUUCCUGUUACUUCUCUAAAGGCUGUCAAUUUCUUUAUUUCACCAAUUCAUUGCGAUAUGAUCCGGCUCUCUGUUCUGAGAGGGGUUGGGAAACUAAAGAGGAUUAAUUUGGUUUCUGUUCAGGUAUGCUUGAAGUAUCCUUCACACUGAGAUGGUUGAGAGCAGCCAUCUUGUUAAGCUUACUUCAGGUAGGAAACACCUUCUGUGAGUAGAACUGGUGUUUAAAUCCCUGGUGGGCAUUGAAUAACAUUAUUUCUGUUUGCUUCAUCACCCCUAGAUCUGCCCCCUGCGAUGGGGAAUGUUCAUAUGUAUCAUGUACAUAAUGAAGUCAAAAUAAAGAAAUAAUGGAUCUUG